GUGUGUGUAUAUAUAUAUAUUAGGGUUCUCUCCUCUUCUUUCCCUUCUUUGUAAUUGAGUCAUUUGCAGAUCUUGAUCAUUAAUUAUAUAAGCAGCCAUGAGUAGAGGUGGGAGCUACGGCGGCGGGCAGAGCUCUUUGGGUUACCUUUUUGGUUCUGAUGAGCAACCAAGUGCACCUCCGCCUUUGCGCCCGGUUAACCUACCACCAUAUGGGGUUGACAUUACCGUAGAGAAGCCACCGGAUAGUGGUUCGGCUGAGAAGAAGCAGGUCUCCAACAAUUAUCACAGAGCUCAAGGCCAGAAUACAGGAAACUUUAUUACUGAUCGUCCAUCUACAAAAGUCAAAUCAGUGCCAGGAGGGGAUUCAUCUCUGGGGUACCUGUUUGGAGAUAAGUGAUGUUUCUUUCUCCAAACUUUGUCUACCUUUAAUAUUGUGUGGAUUUCAAAUUCAUUACCAUGUAAAAUAAGGGAUUAAGUUCCCGUUGCUGUUAAAUUCGAAGAGUGUUGUACUAGCAUAUGGUGUGUGAUUUUCAUGUAGAUAUGACUGAAAAUUAGUCAGUUUAUGUAUUAUAAGCACGUAAUUUGUAUGGUUUAUCAUCUAUAUAUACUAAGUGAAGCACGAUUCCUAUUACUAUGA